UAACCUUGAGCGAGACCUACCUGUUUUUACCUGCGACAUUGUUUAUAAACUGUGAUCUUUAUUGAAUAUCUUUGUUUAGCGUAUUGCAAAUUACACGUGCAUUUUACUUUGGUAUACGCAAUAAUGAGAAUUUCUAUCAUAUUUUUUAACCGGCACAUGAUCUUUUUGACAUAAUGGCAGUGAUUAAUGAUUUGAUUGGAAACUUCGGGCGGUAUCACUGGUGGCUGUGCUUCAUUGUUUUCUUGAGCAAGUUCGGAGUAGCUUUUCAUCAAAUGGCAAUUAUAUUUCUGGCUCCACCGGCACACUACACCUGCCCUAAUAACGAAACAUGUUGCGAUAAUCCUGUAUUUGAUAAAUCUGUUUUCACUAGAACUAUUGUUACUGAAUGGAAUUUGAUUUGCGAGAAUUCAUGGCUGAAAGAUUUCACCCAAACGGUUUUCCAAUUUGGUGUUCUCGCCGGCAGUUUAAUGUUUGGAGUAGCCUCAGAUAAAUAUGGCCGAAAACCAACAUUGAUUAUAUCAGUUAUAAUAGAAAUAUUAACCGGAGUGAUGGCAUCGUUCCUGCCAGAUUUUUGGAGUUUCACAAUUGUCCGAAUGUUGGUCGGGGUUGCAAAUGGCGGCAUCAUGAUUAUUUCUUUUGUAAUCGUAAUGGAAUAUGUAGGGAAUGUGACUAGAGACGUGGUGUCAGCGUUGUAUCACAUCCCAUUCACAGCUGGACACAUCGCAUUAGCAGCGGUGGGCUACUACAUUAGAGAUUACACGUAUUUUCAACUUUUCAUAUCUCUCGUAAACGCUGUUCUGUUGUUUUAUAUUUGCCUUUUACCAGAAACACCUAGAUGGUUAAUUGCGACGAAUAAGACUGAAAAAGCAAUAGUUUUAAUGGAGCAAGUGGCAAAAUUCAACAAAUUACCGACGGAGGAUAUAAGACAAAAAGUCGAAAUGUAUUACAUGGAACGCAGACAAGCGAGACAAAAGAGUUCAGUGCUUGAAUUAUUUCGAAUUAAAACUCUAAGAACAAAUCUCUUAAUAAUGUCGUUUGCUUGGCUUUCAUGCAGCUACUGUUUCUAUGGCAUUGCAUACUAUGUGAGCCACUUAACUGGUGAUGUGUUCAUAAACGUCGUGGCCACUGGCAGUGUGUGUCUAUGCGGGUGUAUCAUUUGCAUACCCUUGAUCAAAUUCUCGAGGCGUAAAACUGUUGUCGUGAGUGGAAAUGCUUUAUGCAGCUUGUGCUUAUUUAUAGUCGCAUUUGUGCCUGAAGGGAAGGCGUCUGUAGUAAUUGGAUGUGUCGGUGAAUGUCUCAGUUACGUUAUUUUUGUUUUAAUAUAUUUAUAUUGCACUGAAAUGUUCCCGACUGUUGUUCGCAAUUCUGCAAUAGGAAUCUGUUCAAUGAUGGCUAGAGUUGGAGCUAUGAUAGCACCCUUUGUGGCCGCAUUUAGGCCACAUGGGCAAUGGUGUGCGCCUGUAGCCUUUGGUAUAUUUCCCUUGAUCUCUGCAAUACUCUGUCUGUGGUUGCCUGAAACGAAAGAUUGUGAGCUAAUGAUGACGAUUGAAGAAGCCGAAGAAGCAUUGGGUAAACAUCAAAUUCCACCAGCAAGAAACAGAGACGUUAAUAUUGCGGAAAGUGCAGUAUGAGGAGUAAAACCACAUAA